CAAGCUUUCUGUGUGUAUCCAAAAGGCCCACAAAUACUUUUUAAAGAUGUUAAGCGAGUAGGAAAACUGAAGGUUUAGGGUUUUAGAGAAAAACCCUGCUGCUCCCAAUUCUCCUUUUGCAAUGGCGUUCUGGGGAGUUGAAUUAAAGCCUGGUAGACCAUUCGUUCAUAAUUUCGAACAAGAGAGAGGAAGACUUCACGUCUCUCAGGCAACAUUAGGCAAUGGCUCGACAAACAAAAAAUGCAUAGUUCAAUGUAAAGUAGGUGAUAAGGAGCCGAUUUACGUGUGUUCGUUUCUGCCUGAAAAAUUGGAGACAUGCCCAUUGAAUCUUGAGUUUGAGGAGGAUGAAGAUGUUACCUUCUCAGUUAUUGGUUCUCACAGCGUUCAUCUCUCUGGUUUCUUUUAUGGAGAGAGCGAGGAUUGCUGUGGAAAUGGAUCUGAUGAUUAUGAAGGUGCUGGGAGUGAUAGUGAUGAUCCUAUCGAAUUUGAGUAUGACACGGAGGAUGAAGACGAGGAUGGCUCAUCUGAUGAUGAUUUUAGCAUGUACCCACCUUCCCCUAUUCCCAACAGUGGAGUGAAAAUUGAAGAGAUACUGGAGGACGAAAAGCCUACAGAUGAAAAUGGUACAUCCAAAAAGUCAAAGAAGAAGAAAAAUCAGUCAAAUGGGACUGAUGAGGGUAAUACUGACAGUGCUCUGCUGGAGAGUGAAGAUGAGGAUGGCUUUCCCAUAUCUGCUCCCCGUGAAAGCAAAACUAAAUCAGUGAGAUCAAAAAAAUCAGAUGGAACUGAAGAUCAGGAUACCGAAGAGGAAGCAAUAAAUGAGAAGGCAAGAGAUAAUGUUGAUGAGAGGAAAGGCUUAAAAAAGAGAGUUCGUGAUGAUACUAGCAAAGCCAAUGAUCAAAGCGGAGACAAUGCUAAGCAAAAUAAAAAGAAUAAGAAGAAAAAGUUAGUGGAUGGGGAGGAAUUGGCUCGUGAGGAUGGUUCGAAGAGCAGUGCCCAUCCGGCGCAUUUAGAGGCUAAUGAUGGUCAGAAGUCAACUGAUGAGAAGGUUACUGAGAAAAAGAAGAAAAAGAAAAAGAACAAGAAAAAUCAACAGGAUGACAAAGCAGCAGUUACAGAACAAGAUAAGAAAAAUGAGUCACAGGAGGUAGAGGAGAAUAAGCCUUCUCAUGUGAGGUCCUUUGGAAAUGGAUUGGUCAUAGAGGAUUUGGCUAUGGGCAAGCCCGACGGGAAAAGAGCUUCCCCAGGAAAGAAGAUUGGUGUACGUUAUAUUGGCAAGCUGAAGAAGAAUGGCAAAAUAUUCGAUUCCAAUAUUGGGAAAAGACCUUUUGAAUUUCGUUUAGGUAUUGGUGAAGUUAUAAAGGGCUGGGAUGUCGGUGUAAAUGGCAUGCGCAUUGGGGACAAAAGAAGAAUUACAAUCCCACCAGCCAUGGGGUAUGGGACUAAAGGUGCUGGUCGUGACAUACCACCCAAUUCAUGGCUGGUAUUUGAUGUUGAGCUGGUAAACGUUAAUUGAUCGUGCCUUCACAUGGUGGACAUUUUUGCCCUUUCCGCAGAAUCCUAAAAUUGUUGCAGUCUUCUCUUUAAGCAAAAACAAGUUAGCUUCACCUGCUGGAAGAAACUGUACAAACUAUAAAAGUAGGGCAUGGAUUUGCCAAUUUUGUAAGACGACUCAAUUUCAGACUACUGCCAAAAUUUUGAAGUAUCAUAUGACUUGUCGAGAGUACACUUUCAGUUGAAACUUGUGGCCAAAAGCCUUGAAUGAUCAUGUUUUGCUUAGCCUGAACUGGUAAUAUCUGUUCAUUUAGUAAGGUUUGAGUUGUUCUAGGAUAUUUCUGUUGGUUCAAAUAGAAAAGUGAGAGAAGUUGGAUUACUUCUCAAAAAUCUUUUGUUGGA